AUGACAAACCACCUGUCGGCACUCCCACGGGUCACAGAAGAGAUCUUGAACGAGCAGGAUGAAGACAGCAAUAACAUUAUCAUCAACAAUAAUGGACCUAAGAUCUCAUUCCAGGAUCCUACUGCUUCAGAACAGUACGACCCAUAUUAUGACUCUGACGCUGAGGCUGCUCCCUUUGGAUGGGGGUCUGCUGCAGGAGCGGGAGUCUCGAAGGACACGUUGCAGGAGGGGCAGGUUAUUAAGGCCGGCUACCUUAUGAAGAAGGGCGAGCGCAUUAAGAUCUGGAAGAAGCGCUGGUUCGUUCUCCGGACAUCCAAAUUCGCGUACUACAAAGACGACAAGGAGUACGAGUUACUGAGGAUUCUGGAUGUGCGUGAUGUGCAUAGAGCGGCAGAGGUACCGGUGAAACACAAGUCGGCCGUGUUUGUGAUCCUCACACCCAGGAGGACAUUCACCGUCCAGGCGAAAUCUGUCGCAGAGAUGCAGGAAUGGCUCCAGGCGAUCAACCAGGCCAAAGUCCAGUCGGAUUUCAUGGCGUCUACCUCGGACCUGGAAUCGUUGGCGGGAUCGACAUUGCAACUUGGGUUGGGGUUCUCGUUGCCACCUACUUCUCCGACCACUCCUCGGCAGCUACCGGUAGCACCUGCACAGACUUCUUCGUUACAGCAGUCGGCGGCAACGCAACAUAAGGCGAUGGCCAAGCAGAGUAUUGCGGAUGUUAUCCUUGCGAGGCGACAGCCGCCUAAUACGCAGCUCUCGUUGACGGAUCAGGAGCUGCAUGAUAAGCGGGAGGCGUCUUCGACGCGCAACAAGGGCAAGAAUGUUGUGCGACCCCUGUCGGUGGCGAUUGCGGCUGGUGAUUCUGCAGUGGGGUCAGCGCCACAUACGGGUGCCAGUAUCUUGGACCGCCCUGCACCUCAUAGAGCAGGAUCUCGACGUGCUGCUGGUGAGGGGCUGUCGUUGAUUACGACAGGAACACAGGCGAUUCAGAUUGCGACUCCUUCGUCACCAAGGAUGGAGCAUGUUCAUGCCCACGAUCCAGCAUUAGGCUCCUUCUCGUCUGGACAGUCGUAUACCGGUGCUGGAGGACCAAUCUUGUCAGCAGGGCCAAUGACACCGUCGUCGCCGGGGUACAACUCUGGAGGCGAGCUCUUCUGGAACACAGGGUAUGACCAGGGAUUCUCGUCUGGUGAUGAGGAAUGUGCAGAUGAGGAGGAGGAUUCGUCGGUAGUCGUGGAGGCUGGUCGUGUUGCUACCGAAGCGAAUGCCCCGGGGUCGGGUAUUGUUACGGGCGAGCAGUUGGAGAGUAAGGUGGUACGGACUGGCAAUUUGCUCAAGUUUGGCAACAAGUACAAGACGUGGCGGAAACGGUGGUUUGUCUUGCGCGGUGAUAAACUGACCUACUACAAGAACCACAAGACCGACCCAGUCUCAAAAUCAAAACAGUACUGCCUCCGGAUCGUCACCGCCAAACGAUCCUUUGUCUGCUGUGCACCCGACGAGGAUACCCUCCUACAGUGGCUCGAUGCCCUUCAUGUCGAGUGUGAUCGUGUUGCUUUGGAGGCACGUCAGGAAGUAGCGUCUGAACAGGCUGUUGGCACAACUGCUGGUACUGGCGCAGGAACAGAUGUAGGACUGACCAAAGUUGAGAGUGUGGAGGAGAGUGAGAGCCCUACGAAGCCCAUGGGAAGAACUGCACGGAUACGAAUGAGCUUCCACAGCACCCUACCCCGCGCUCGAUCCAUCUCCCGGUCAAGGUCGAAAUCUGGAGAUGGUUCUGUUACUGGCGCAGGAGGGUUGUUGUUGCCCCCUUCGGCGCCGCUUCCGGGGCAGGGAAAUGUUCCGGGAGUGGUGCUGGUGCAUAAUGCGUCGCCGACGAUGACGACGACUACGAGUCAGAUCCGGAAGGUGAUGAGUUUGGACAGCGGUGUGGGGCCGGGUGGUAGGCAUGUGGGAGGUGGGGAUGGGCUCCAGGUGCAGAGUGUCCCGGCCGCUAUUGAGCCCGUCGCGUAG